AGAACUUCGACAUUUCCCCCUUUUUUGUCAGAAUCCACGGCGUGUCAUGUCAAGAAUCAAAGUGCAACCCGAGGAGCUGUUUGCGAAGGAAGCAUAAGCUGCCCUCAUACCGUAUGGAUGCAGCGAUGCAGGCCAGCAAAGGUCACCCCCAAGGGUGGCGUACCGGUAGGCUUGAAGAGGGAAGUCACGGAGUCCACCCAUGGUGAGGACAAUGAUGAGGAGCACGAGAAAGGAGAGUCCAAGUCGGUGAGCGAUAGCGCCACCGAAAGCGAGAGCUACGAGGAGUCGGAGGAGAGAGUGGGCCGAAAUACUCACAGAAGCAGGUCAAAGAGCGACCCAAGGGACGGAAACCUCGCAAGAAGCCCGGCUGGUCCGGGGCGAACCAAGUUGGUCAUUUCACGAGAGCCCAUGGAAGAUUGUCAUAUGCGCGAGAACGGGAUGGUAAAGGAGGGUCUGCUCAAUUUCUUGGCUGCUGUCCGGCACAAGAAGACCGGGGAUGAAGUAAUGGGUGCAUUAUUAGUCGACCACGCUGCCCAUCUGAGGGAACAGCAAGGAAAGGAAGACGAGCGGAUGGCCCGUCGUCUGGAGAGGGAGACCAACAACCGUGUUGAGCGCCUUGUGACAAAUGGGUACCUUCGGGAGGAGGCUGAACAGGUGGUGGCCCGAUGGAGGGCCCGUGUGGAAGUUGACCGUUUCCGGGUUGACCGGGAUCGUCGCAUGCACGAGUUUCAGAUGAAGUUGGCGGGAAUCAAAGCUAAUUUGUUGGACCGCCCAACCGGGAAGGAGGAUGGCGACAUGAAAUCUCCCCCAGGAGGGAGUAUCUCGCCUGGUGGAACGGGGGUCCUGAGUAGCCACCUGAAGGGUUCCCCAUGGCCCCCAUCGAGGCUGCACUAGCCAAGGUGGGGGCAGCAGCGAAGAAUGGGCUCCGGUGGUGUCCAAGAAUCUGGGUUGCCUUCUUGGAGCUCUUCAGUAUCAGUAUCAGAAUGUCAAUCCCCUCCCCAACUAGAGUGUGUGAAGUUAUCUAUCUGGUCAUGGCAUCUUCUGCUUCGUCCACAAUGUUAAGCAUAAGAGGUCGAAACUUCGGUACAUACUGCUUCAUACAGACACCACCACAAAUCCAACUUCCAGCCCACUGACUUCACACCUCCAUUAUCUAGCUAGCUAGCAGGUAGCAUCAUUUCUACUACGGUACAUCCUUGCAGGCCAGGCAUCUGUGGAGUGUCGAUGCCUCCCACUGCACCCUCAAAGGUACAGUACCAAUACUACCGCUACGGUCAAACAGACAUCAGUCAAACCAGGGCCACUUGCGGUAAUCUUCCAGCAGAAUUGCCAAUCUUGCACCAAGCCAAUCUCAUCCAAUCCUGAUGACCAUCUUUUGUUCCAUUCGCCAACGCAAGCGAGCUUCCAACCAAGCUACAGUAGUGUACCUAUUAACCACCAUUCAAGCUGUGAACACUGGCAUGCCUUGCCAAUCUUUCGUAAUCUCUGCAGCUAUGUGGUUGACAUUGAUUGGAUAUGUCGGAGAUAUUUUUACCAGUACUGCUAGCUCCUCGGAGUUGUUCGGAUAGGUUUGCCGGCACCCGACACCGCCGA